AUGACAGAUCGGCCUGUUAUCACCAUCGAAAGUUACACCAUAUACUGCGACGAUGCUGAUGAGAACGAAAUAGGUGGCUGUGCGAUAGCUGUGAGAAAGAAAGAUUGCAAGGACCUGGUGGAGGAAUUUGGCUUAACGUCGUCUAGAUGCGCCUUCUUACGACUGCGGGAUCGCAGAGGACGUAAACUCUGGAUCGUAAGUGCUCACGCACCUACGGAAACCGCUGAGGACAACAGUAAGGACGCCUUCUAUGAUGAAAUUAAUACGUUGAUCUCUAAAAUAUCCAGCGAGCAGAUUAUUGUCGGAAUCGACGCAAAUGCAAAGAUUGAACUCGAACAACAUCGGACAGUAGUGACCGUCUGGUUGACUUGUGCGAACAGACGGGCCUCAUAA